UUCUAUUUUGUACAUACAUUGUUUUGUAUAUACUGUAUAUGAUGACUUCGGUGGGCAGUGAACGUACUCGGGGCACUCGAGAAAAAACACAGAUUCCAGCCGCGCAGCCGACACAACCACAGAAACCAGUAGUCCAGGCCACAGCAGAGCAAAUCCGCCUGGCUCAAAUGAUAUACGACAAGAACGAUGCAGACUUCGAAGAUAAAGUGAAACAACUGAUGGAAGUGACAGGGAAGAAUCAGGACGACUGCAUCGUAGCUCUGCACGAUUGUAAUGGUGAUGUGAACAGAGCAAUCAACCUCUUGCUGGAAGGAAGCUCAGAUACAACUUCGUGGGAGACGGUAGGAGUCAAGAAGAAAAGCCUUGGAAAAGAGAGCUCCGAAAACAAAGAGAACAGAGAAAAGCGAGGGGACAGAGAAGGAAGCCGUGGACGGGGAACUUCCAACAGGCGAGGAAGAGGAGGCAGCCGUGGUCGAGAGUUUAGAGUCGAGGAAAACGGAGUAGAAACGCCACCUGGGGACAGGCCUUCCGAUCGUGGCAAACGUGGCAAGGGGAGAGGAUUUGGACGGGCCAGAGGAAGAGGAACUGGGAGAUUUUCAUCCCAAGGCAUGGGGACAUUUAACCCUGCAGAUUACACCGAUUCCUCUGCCACUGACGGCUUUGGAGCAAAACAGGAGUCUUGGGAACUGGGAGAAAACGAUGCAGCGGAAGGAACAGGAGCAUGGAAGAAUUCAAUAGAAGAAUGGACGGCCGAAGACUGGAACGAAGAUCUUUCGGAAACAAAGGUCUUCACAGCUUCAUCAAUUCCAGCUGAGAACCAUGUCGCUUCUGGCCAAAGCAUUGAUCUGGUGACGCUGCUUCAGAACCCGGGCGCUCCAAACCAAGACCUGGAGGCCCCACCCUUCGAUGCUUCUCAGCAGCAAGGCUUCGGCCAGGCGCUCGUCUUCACCAAUUCCCAGCACAGUCCUCCGACGGCUUCGGGAACAAGCAACCCAAGCACUGUGAACACUUACUCUGCGCAAAACUUGUCUUCGGUGCUGAGUUCCGGAUUCAGAGAACAUAACUCCUCCAAGUUAGCCAACUCUGCUGGUCCUCAGAUUUUGGAGCCAUUGAAAUCUCCUGGUUUGAGCCAGUUCGCCUCACAGGGUCCUCUCAGCACAGCCUCUCCGGUGUCCACAACCCCAACCUCAUCCUGGGAUGUCAAAUCUUCGACUUCACAGCCUUCGAUCCUCAGCCAUUUCGACUUCAAAUCCCAGCCUGAACCGUCGCCAGUCCUGAGUCAACUUUCCCAACGGCAGCAACAACCACCACCCUCACAGGCAGCUGCCGUCCCACCGCCCGGACUGGAAUAUUUCGCCUCACAGAAAGCCCGGGAGCCCUUGCUGGUGGACAGCUGUGCGGCCGGCAACAAAACCAGUCCACUCUCCAGCCUAUCUCCAGAAAAUCAAGGGGUGCCAGCCCACCAAACGCAGCAGAAGCAGAUCAAGCUGUCGAAGCGGAGAACGCCCCCCGUUUCAAAAAUCCCUUCAUCUGCGGUGGAAAUGCCUGGAUCGACGGACGUUUCGGGCCUAAACGUACAAUUUGGAGCCCUUGAAUUCGGGCUGGAACCUGCGGUCUCCGAGUUUGGACCCGCUUCAAGCUACGAAAGCAGCCCAGCGCCCAGUAAUAUCCUCUACACCAAGCCUGUAAAUGAACCUCUGAAUACCUCUUUGCCAAUGUCCAAUACAGUACAGGAGUCCGCCUACGUCACCCCUGCCGUCACAUCCAGCCUGACUUGCUCUGUCCAGAGCACUAGCCUUGUAACGGCCUCUUCCUCCUCCUCCUCCUCCUCCUCUUAUGACCAGGCCUCUGUGCAUAACAGGGUGACAUACCAAAGUUCGGGGCCUCCGUCAGAACCCGCCUCGGUGGCUGUCAUGAAUGGACACAGCGGUGUUCGAAUGCAGCCAUCUCUUGACACUGCUUCGUCCGUUCCCACGCCCAAGCUGGAAACCUCUCCUCCAUCGCUACCUGCCCAAGGUCCUUCGUUGCCGAGCACCACGGCUUCCACCUCUUUGCUUCUGCCUUCAGCACCUUCUCACACGGCAGCACCUCCAUCAAGUGACUUGGCCAGCAACUCCCUCUCUCAGUUGAGCAGAAGCUUACGGUUUCCUCGCUGCAGUCUCCUUGGUUCUGUUUUUUUUAACCCCACGCCUCCGCUUUUUCCUUUCCAGCACAACAGUGUCGAGAAUGCCAUCGCGCUCCCGCCCGCCAACACUCUUUCGGUUGCCGCCACCCUGGCUACCACCUCUCCAGCCACCAGCCUGGCCAGCACCACCCACAGCCUCGGCCUGAAUGCCGCCAGCGUCUCUCUGCCAAUUCCCACCAGCCGGGCUGCUCCCUUAGCGUCUUCAGGUUCUUGUGCCCCUCUCUCAGUUGGGAGGUUUGACUGCUACAACACAGCCUACGUGGGGCUGCCCUUGAAAACCACCCGGAAGCUUUUGAACAGUCCAGAGCGCAAUGACGCAAGAAAGAAAGAGGAUGCGGAGCAGAUUUAUGGUUAUGACGAUCUUCAGAUGCUCCAAUCCAGGCUGCCUGUGGAUUACUAUGGAAUCACAUUCCCUGCUCCUGCGAACCUGACCAGCAGAGAUGGAGCCCUUGCUAACAACCCUUACUCAGGUGAUAUUGCAAAAUUUGGCCGCGGAGACUCCGCUUCGCCCGUGCCCGCCACCACCCUUGCCCAGGCUCAGCAGAACCAGAACCAGGCCCACCACACGGCUCAACAAGCCUUCCUCAACCCCACGUUGCCGCCCGGCUACAGCUACACUGGCUUACCAUACUACGCCGGCGUGCCGGGAGUUCCCAGCGCUUUCCAGUACGGCCCCACCAUGUUUGUCCCUCCAGCCUCGGCCAAGCAGCACAGCGUGACCUUGAACGCUGCUUCCACGCCCUUCCAGCAGGCCGGCAGCUACAGCCAGCACAGUUAUGGAGCAGGUUAUGACGACCUCACCCAGGGGACAGUGGCUGGAGACUACAGCAAAGGGCCGUACGUUGCUGCCACUCAAGCACAGAACAAGUCAGCUGGCGGUGGAGCCGGGAAAGAGAGGAAGUCCCGUGAAGCCCCUCGCCCCAAAUCUGUCGGCCCUGCUGAGAUCUUCAGUUAUCUAGGCUACUCAACCGUUGCUCCAGGAAUUCUGGGUGGCUCUGUCCAGCGCAACCAACCAAGUGUCCUGCAGCAGAAACCUCAGGCUACAAAAACCACCUACGGGACAUCUCCAUACUGGACGAACUAAGCUCUGGCGUGGAGGAUAGGAAGACAACCCGGAGAUAGCCCAGGUCCUUCUCAGGCUCCCACCCUCCACCGGAGACCGUCGACUGCGGAGGGAAGAGAUUCCCCUCCCUCCCCCCUCCCGCUCUUCCUGGGAGAGCACGGCUCAGACACCCCGUGGGAAGAAUUGGCAGCCACUCACCCCCCUCGUCCGUGACUCUUCCCGAUUGGCUGUUUUGUGUAAAAUAUUUAUGUAUGUAUUUGUAAAGGUAGUAGGGCCUAACCGUGGUUCCCGCAUGUUUCUGAAGACUCGUUUUUGAUUUCUCUUCCCGAUCAGGACGGCGUAAGCAAACUGGCUCCCCCUUCGGGCCUUCUGGCAGCUUCUCUCUCUCUCUCUCUUUUUUUUUGUAUAGUUUGGAGGAUUUUAGCGCUUCUCUGAAGGGCAAGAGUGUGCCACUUUUUAAAAUACAUGUAUAUAUAUAUAUAUAUAUGUAUGUGUAUAUAUAUAUAUAUAUAUAUAUAUUGGACCCCGGAAAGCCUUUUCUGACUUUUAAAAUACUACUUCGCUCAGGCAAGCAGUCAGAGACUCGAGAAAAAGAGUAGUUUUUAAAUCUUGUUCCCGGUUUCUUUUUUUAAAAUAUAAUUUUGGCGCUCAUUCGGCCUCAUUCCUGCCAGCCGGAAGGUUGAACGGUUGUGGGCAGCUUAGUUAUAAAUUGCAGCCUUGCACUUUUCUUGGGGACGAUGAAAGAAAUAAGCGAAGGGUUAUUCAGUCUCCCUUCCCUCCCAUCUUCCAGUUUUCGUUUUCGGUAGCCGGUUCUUGGACUGUCCAGCUUCUCCCCAAAUGGUGUCUGCCAAUCUGUUGAGCUCCCUUUCCUUGGCCAGGGUUUUGACUCCGCCAGGGCGCCCUCCUGCCUUCCACGGUCACGUUCUUCCUCCCCUCUCAAGAGGGGCU